AUGGACAAGUACGACAUCCUGGUGGAGGAGAGCGGCGAGGGCGCGCCCGCGCCGGCCGACGGGUUCGAGGAGGCAGGCCUCGUCGAGCCCGUGCUCCGGAACGUCGCGCGCUGCGGCUACGACAUCCCCACCCCCUUCCAGCGCUACUGCAUUCCUAUCGUGCUCUCCGGAAGGGACCUCAUGGCGUGCGCUCAGACCGGGUCUGGGAAGACGGCUGGCUUCUGCAUCCCGCUGGUGAGCGCGCUUGUGGCGGCGGGAGGAGGGAAAGGAUCCGGUGGUGGCCGCGCCGACAGGGACGCGUCCAGCUGCAACCACCACAACCGCGCCGUCAGGCCGCGCGCCCUCGUGCUCGCGCCCACAAGAGAACUCGCCGCGCAGAUCUAUGAGGAGGCCAAGAAGUUCUCUCAGCAAACGGGAAUUAAUGUUAAGGUGUCAUACGGAGGAACUCCAAUAAUUCAACAGCUACGUGAUAUAGAAAGAGGCGUGGACAUUCUUGUUGCUACACCCGGACGCCUGAUAGAUCUUGCUGAAAGAUCAAAGGUUUCUCUUCAAUCAAUCAAGUACCUGGUAAUGGACGAGGCUGACAGGAUGCUGGAUAUGGGGUUUGAGCCUCAUAUAAGAAAGAUUGUCGAUGCGAUGGGUAUGCCUGGCAAAUCAGCAAGACAAACUGUGCUUUUCAGUGCAACCUUUCCACCACAAAUGGAGAUGCUGGCAUUAGACUUCUUGUCAAAUUACAUACUUGUCACUGUUCGGAGGGUGGUUUCCGGUACUGAUCUAAUUACCCAGAAACUUGAGUUUGUCACUCACGAUGAGAAAAAAACCUACCUGCUAAAUCUCCUACAGGAGCAAUCUUUCUGUUCAUCUGACGGCAAGCAGCCUCUAACACUAGUUUUCGUGGAGACAAAACGAGAUGCUGAUUCAUUGAGGUAUUGGCUAUACAAUAAAGGUUUCCCUUCAACUGUUAUCCAUGGUGACAAAACACAAGAGGAGAGGGAAAACUCGUUGAUAUCCUUCAAGUCUGGCUUGACUCCUAUCAUGGUCGCCACUGAUGUAGUUUCAUGUGGCCUGGAUGUCCCAAAUGUUAGUCAUGUGAUCAACUUUGAUCUUCCGAAGAACAAAGAGGACUACGUCCACAGGAUUGGAAGGAUUGGAAGAACCGGGAGGGCUGGAAAUGCUGGGUCUGCCACUUCGUUUUUCACUGAAAAGAAUCACCCCAUGGCAAAGGGACUGCUGGAACUGAUGAUUGAGGCCAAACAGAAUGUUCCUGGCUGGCUAGAGGAUUACGCAGGGAGGCCACAGAUGAGCCAUGGUACAAGACGUAGUUUCGCUGACAUUGGAGGAAGCAGAUUUGGCAGCGGAGAUUAUCGCAGCAGUGGGGAUUAUUCUGGCUACUCAGGUGGUGGUGGUGGCGGUGACAGCUACUCAGGUGGUGGUGGUGGCCGUGGCGGUUAUGGUGGUGGUGGCGGCGGUGGCAGGAGCUACUCUGGCGGCGGUGGCGGCGGUGGCGGUGGUGGCUGGAGCUAUUCUGGUGGUGGUGGCAACAACAGCUACUCCCGUGAUGGUGGUGCGGGGGGCUGUAGCGGUGGUGGAGCCGGCCGGGGCGGCUCUGGAGCUGACCCACAAGGCAUUCCCUUCACAAGGUGCUCCAGGCGUCGGUAUGUUGGUUGUGCAUUGGUUUGUUGCUGGCGCCUGGCAACCAGAUACUGCACAAGCUGCGAAAUGAUUUUGUGUGACCAGUGCAAGUGUUGUUGCAACGAGGGCAAGGAAGAUCUGAGGCAGUUACCUGUCCCUGUGGUGUCUGGAGACCACGCAUCAUAUCAAGUCAACAAACGCUUCAAAUUUCCCAGUGCCCCUGACAUCCUUGUGGGGGUCUCUCGCAAGGAAAGCUCAAUUAGGUACUGCUUUGCUGAUGUUGGUGACGCCAUUCACGCAGCUGAUUCUGUGCUCUGCUCGCACAUUUACGACAUUGAAGUGGACGGGGAGGACGUGGUGGGCGUCCAUUAUACCGCCAACAUGCAGGUUUCAAGCGACCAGCUGUUUUGA